AAAGCAUCCCACUACACCACAACACAAUCAAAAUGGCCUCAGGCAAUAUCUUCCAACAAGUAGAACUACCUGAGCAAAAACCUGACAGCGAUGGCGCUCUAUUCCCGGCGGUGUUAUCCCCAAUCUCUAACGCUGAUUUUACUUCAACAGCAAAACUCAAUGGCUUUGAAGAGGCCAUAAAAGCUCACAAGCCAUGGCUGGAGUCACUUCUCCAGAAAAGAGGUGCUAUCCUCUUCAGAGGCUUCCCUGUAAGCUCUACUUCCGACAUGAACGAUGUCGUGGAGGCAUUUGGCUUCCCUGAAGCGUUCUAUGUUGGUGGCCGAGCCUCUCGAACCAAAAUCCUUGGCCGGAUUUACACCACAAACGAAGCUCCUCAGGAUAAGACUAUUCCUUUCCAUCACGAGAUGGCUUACGUUCCAGACUACCCCUCGAAGCUAUUUUUCUUUUGUGAGGAAGCACCAGGAAGCGGGGGAGAAACUCCAAUUGUUUUGAGUCAUAUCAUCUACGACAAGAUGAAAGAGAAGCACCCAGAUUUCGUUGCAAAACUUGAGGAGCAUGGAUUGACGUACACAAAAAUAAUGAGUGACGAGGAUCUUCCAUCAUCUUUCACUGGCAGCGGUUGGAAGUCCGCAUACAUGACCGAUGACAAGAAUGUUGCAGAGGAAAGGGCAGCGAAGUUGGGAACAAAGCUUGAAUGGAUGGGAAAUAGUGUAAAAACUAUAACAGGUCCGGUGCCAGGUAUAAGAUUUGACAAAGGAAGUCAACGAAAAACAUGGUUCAAUAGUCUCGCAAAUAGUUAUGGUGGCCCCGCGAAUGCUGAAAUUUAUGAUGACAGCAGAUCUAUUGAGUUUGGGAAUGGUGAACCUUUGUCGGAUUCUGCCAUGAAAGACUGUUUGAGAAUCCUUGAAGAAGAGUGUGUUGCAAUACCUUGGAAGAAAGGUGAUGUCAUGCUUGUUAAUAAUUUGAUGGUUCUUCACAGCCGACGUCCACUAAUAAAGCCUCCUCGCCGCAUUCUCGUUUCCCUUUGCAAGUGAGGGAAAACAGGAGCCAUUCGACUUUCUAUUCAUGCAAAAACUAUCUCAUUCUCAUAAAUUAUUGUUUGUAUUUUCAUUUUGUAAUAAACCUAAACCUGGGGUUCCACUUAAAGUAAAAACAAGUACUGUUUCAUCCUUGUUGAUUGAUACCAGGUAGGUGGGUGGAGAUGAUUAUGUAAAACACGUGGUGGUGUAAGGAUUUCUGUUUGUAUUGCUCUUUUAAACUAUAUAUAAAUAUAA